AUGUCGUCACGUGACCCCGUGUGGAUGACCCCGCUAUUAAAGUCGAUGAUUAGAGCAAAGUCAAGGAUAUCCGAGCUGAACAAGGACAGGUUAAAGGAAAUUAACAAACGAAUAUCAGAAGUCAUAUCGGAGAAUAGGAGGAAAUGCAAGACCACCCCAUUAGGAAGUAAGGCAUGGUGGAAAAUGACUGAUGCCCUGAGUCAACGUAAAAAACAAGAUAGAGCGAUUCUAGAUAACACUAGAUUGUCAGAUCUAAAUGAUUACUUUGCUAAGUUAUGCUCUGAUGACACAUAUGUUGAACCAACACCAUUGCGAAUUGAAAGUGAAGUCGAAACACCAAGAGUUAGUGAAUUGCAAGUAUGGAAUAUCCUUAAAGCUCUUACGAAAACUGCAACAGGACCAGAUCAAAUUCCAUACUGGAUCUGGAAAGAACACAAAGAGAUAUUAACCCCAGUAAUCACAAGAGUGUGGAAUCUAUCAUUAUCUACCCAAAGCUGGCCUUCGGCAUGGAAGCGAUCAAAUGUAAAUCCCCUUGCAAAAGUAGAAAUGCCGAAUGAAAAUCAGGAUUAUCGGGGCAUUAGUAUAACGCCGGUGAUAGCUAGGGCAUUCGAGAGAAUUGUAUAUGACACCCAUGUUCGUGAUGUUGUGGAGAAUAAUCUAAGCCGCACGCAGUUUGCAUAUAGGGCCGGUGGAAACUGUACUUGCGCCCUUUUAGCCAUGCAACAUAGGAUAAACAGUUAUAUGGACGAUCCAGACUGUAGAGCAGUCCGACUGUUCACCAUGGACUUUAGUAAGGCCUUCGAUUCAGUUAAGCACGAUCUACUUGCAAGUAAAUUAAAAGCUUUCCCACUUAACCCGUAUAUUAUUAACUGGUACCUCAGUUUCUUGAAGGACAGAAAACAAAGAAUAUGCUACAAUGGAUAUGAGGGUGAAUGGAAAUGUGUCAAUAGAGGCACCACUCAAGGGAGUGUCAGUGGGCCACAUCUUUUUAACAUUUUCCUGAAUGAUUUAAACUUAGAAUUGGACGGUCUUGAUAUAUUGUUCAAGUAUGCGGAUGACUCCAAUAUUGUGGCUCCAGUUUGGAAAGAGCGAGAUUGUGCUGAUUUUUUGGUGUCACAGUUUUUGGAUUGGACAUCUAGAAAUAAGAUGAUAUGUAAUCCAGGAAAGUGUAAAGAGAUGACCAUCUACAAGCAAGGUAACCAAGAAUAUUUCUCACCAAUAGCAAUGAUUCCAAUGUGUAAAGCAGUGAAAGUGAUGGGAGUUACAUUCCAGUGUGAUGGCAAAUUUGGCGAACAUGUUAAAAACAAAUUAAUCAAGGCAAAUAAGUGUCUUUAUAUCUUACGAUCAUUGCGAAAGGAAGGUUAUUCACAACAAGAGAUAGAUCUAUUGUUUGAUACUCUGGUAUUACCAAACAUAACAUACGCAUUAUCUGUUUAUGCCGCUUCCAAAUCCGAUUUAACUCCUAUUGAAGUCUUUCUUAAACGUUGCUAUAAAAGGAAAUAUACGUCAAAGCCAGUUAGUGUGUAUAAGCUUUUAGAAAAACAAGAUCGAACCAUAUUUAAUAGAGUAUCUAAACUCUGGCAGCAUCCAUUAUUGUCACUAAUGCCACACGCUAAAGAAACAGGCUACAACUUAAGAAAAAGAAGAAGUCAUAGGCCGAAAGUUAGAACGGAACGUUUUAAAAACGUGUUUGUAAACCGUUUGGUAUACAAUUAUGACUUAGUUAUUGAUUAA